AUGCACGUGCCUUCGAGUGCAUUACGGACGAUUAAGAGUCAGCUAUGGUGCGUGGCAAUAGUUGUAGUGGUGGCAGCGGUGGCAGACGUGGCGAGUCUGAAUGGACCCAAUGUGUGCAUGGUGAAACAAAAGUACAACAUCACGAAACGCGUCAAGUAUCGAGCCCCGAUGUCCGUUCGCACUUACGAAUGGUGUUUCUCCAUGCCGCCGAGAUGCUCCCGAUGGAAGACUGAAAUGAGGGACCUCAGCAGACUCGAGACAGAAGAAAGGACUGCUGAGGUGGCAGUUUGCUGUCCAGGUUAUAAAAUGAAAGAUGUGUCCUGCGUACCAAUUUGUCCAAGUGGAAAGACGGGAUCCGGUUGUGCUGACGAUUGUCCAGAAAACAAAUGGGGCCCUAACUGCGCAAACGACUGCCCUAUCUGCUCCGAGCACGGUGAAUGCUCACCACUUACCGGAGAGUGUGAGUGCAAAGAUGGAUGGCAAGGUGAGAGUUGUGAAAUUCGCAUGUCAACAACGCCAUCCUCGACCACUUUGAUGGAAGAAUUACUAACAACUACAAAAUCUACGUCUUACACUAAUCCAACCACUACAACGCCUGUCAGUAGUACUGCCGUCACCAAUGCAUCAACUGUCAGUAGCACUACUGUAGAAAUAACUACUGUUCCAACUCCGCUGACUUCUAGAGGUAGUUCAAAUUCUAUUAGCACAACUAUAACUUCUCCUGUCACCACUACUUCUACCACUGAAACACCUACAACCAAAGAACAAUCACCUACAACAGAUGUUAUAUUAAUUACAACCGUAAGCAUCAGAGAUACAGAUAACUCAACUGAUAGAGAAGAACAAAGUGAAAAUAUGAUGAGUGUGACGACAGUAACAGCUUCAACGCGAACUGAUGCUUACGAGAAUGUUACAAACAUAACAACAACUACAUCACCGACAACCGAAACUACAAUACAAGAAACAACGACUACUAGAACGCGCACAAAAUCGAUUUACAACCGAACUGAGAUUUCUGUUGAAAACGCGACUACUACCCCGUCAACCACCACAACCAUCAAAAUCCAAAGAUCUUCUCCUGAGGUGAUUUUAUAUACCACCGAAAUGAUUGAAGACAAAAGCAUUUUGCAGAAUGCAUCAACAUUAAACCCAAAAGUAACAAAAUUUGCUUCCAACACAUAUUCGACAAUCCCCACAUCUACCGGAAAGGAGGUCACGGAUAAAACUGAAUCAACACGGAAGCCAGAAACAUCAGUUAAAGCGCCGAUAACGCAAAAAUCUAAACCAAAGGAAAUCUGGAUCAAACCGACGCAGAAAGCUCCGUCUCAGACUAACAGUCCAACGACUCUAACAGAUAAAAGUUCUAAUGGGACAUUCACUAAGAAGCCCACUGCGAAACCGUUUAAGAGAAAUAGCGUCGAGGUGACAACCAAGGCUAUGCUCUCCUCGCAUAAAAGAAACGUCUCAGACACUGUCACCAUCAAGCCGAUUCCAAAUUCGAAAGCGACAGGCCCACCAAAGAGGCUGACGACGGCAAAGAUCCAGGGGAACUCUAACGAUCAAAAAAACAUCACAAAAUCCCCCAGGGCCGACUUCACUACGACGGAGGGGCCCACGGAAGAUGAAACCUUUCAUAUUUUGACAGAGCCCGAGCAUAUCACGGCGGUGAUGAGUGACAGGGGACGUGAUAGGUCCUCGAUGGACUUGGUGUCUGUGGUGAGCAUUGCCGGUGGCGUUAUGAUGGCCGUUAUCACCGUCGCCGUUCUAAUAGUCAUGGUGGAGCGCUGCCGGCGGCCACGCUUCGAGGAAGUGCGGAAGAACAUUAGAAUGCAAGUGAUGAUCGACAACAAUGAAGCACCGCCGCCUUACAUGAGGAGCAUCUUUCACACACCCCUACCAGAACCGCCUCCAACGGAAAAGUGCCAUUAUCAACCGAUAUCUACUUUAGAUAGAAACCUGAAACAAUUCAUGAGGCCAGUGGUUGUUCAAAAUAUAUCGCCAAUAAUGUUGGAAAAUUUCAGAGGUAUAUUAGAAUGCCAUUAUGAUCAUCUGCCCCGAAGAAAUCACGAUUUUGGGACGAUGCCAACUCGAUUUGCAGCAGCGCCAUCUAUGAGUUACAGUCAAGAACUACGAUGUCAGAAGUCAAGAUCCGUGAAUGAAUCGGCGAUAGAUGCGUUAAAAUGCGAAGCGAAAAUGGACGUUCUCGAUUCUUCUACGUCUGAACCUCUGUACGCUGAGAUUCCUUGCUGGCGACCGCCGUCUGAACACGCCAUAGAAGUGGUUAACUUGAACGCUCUCAAGUUGGGAGGGCUCGGCGGGCAAACGGUUCAGUGCUGUUCUGAAUGUCAAACGGAGCAGAAGUCGAUCAACACUGAUAAACAAAUCAGGAUGCUGAAUUGGGCAAUCUUCGCACUGGUGCUCGCAGGCAUCGGUGCAAACAACCCUGACACGCAGUAUGUGAAGUCGGUUAAAGGUGGUUUCGGCGGGAGGGGCUACCAGUACCAAGCCGGCGACAACCUCGCUAAAUAUUACGGUAACCGCAGCCAGCAGGGUUAUGAUAACAGACAGAACGAGAUUGCCCCCGCCAGUUUGGACGUAGGCGUGUGUUACAUAGAGGUUCCAACUGCGAGCCUGGCGAGAGAUCCGGCGCAUGUACCUACCGGAAAUGGGUCGAGGCCGGACCUGAGCCGCAUCACAGCCUGCUGCAGAGGCUACAUCCGGAACAUCCACAACCACAGAAUCUGCGACCCGGUGUGCUCUCAAGAGUGCGUCAACGCUCUGUGCACGGCCCCAGAGACGUGCACUUGUUUCCCCGACCACGUGAAGAAUUACGCGGGAUUUUGUGUGCCCACGUGUCCCAUCGGUUGCCAGAACGGACGUUGUUCCGGCGGCGAAUGCCUCUGCAAUAACGGUUACAAAUUGGAUUCCGAUAGCAAGUACUGCUUGCCGAGCUGCAGAGAGAAUUGUGGUGGCAUUGGAAAUUGCACAGCACCGAACACUUGCGAUUGCAAGAACGGCUAUCAGUCUACACCUGGAGGAUCAUGUAGGGCUGUGUGUGACAGUUGCGUGAACGGAGAUUGCGUCGCCCCAAAUGAUUGUCGCUGCCAUGAAGGCUAUACGAAGGAGGGUGUCAAAUGCGUGCCACUAUGUAAACAGGGCUGUAGUCCAAAUGGGCGGUGCGUUGCUCCAAACAUAUGCGAGUUUCCGUCAACCACAACUUCAAGGCCUACAUACGUACCCGGUCAACCCUCUUAUAACCCCGGAGUAAAUUCAAACCAACCAGGACAAUAUACAAACCAGCCAGGUCAAUAUCCUAAUCAGCCUGGUCAAUAUCCGAACAAACCAAGUCAAUAUCCAAGUCAAACGGGUUCAUAUCCAAAUAAUCCGAAUCAACCUGAUCAACACUCUAAUAAAACUGGUCAAUAUCCAAGCCAACCCGGUCAAUAUCCAGGCCAGCCUGGCCAAUAUCCAGGCCAGCCUGGCCAAUAUCCAGGCCAGCCUGGCCAAUAUCCAGGUCAGCCCAGUCAAUAUCCAGAGCAAUCCGGUCAAUAUCCAGGGCAACCCGGUCAAUAUCCAGGGCAACCGAAUCAAUAUCCAGGCCAGCCUGGCCAACAUCCAGGUCAGCACGGUCAGUAUCCUGGUCAGCCCGGUCAAUAUCCAGGUCACACAGGUCAAUAUCCAGGUCAAAAUGGUCCAUAUCCAGACCAGCGCGGUCAAAAUCCAGACCAACCAAACCCAACUGAGCAACCUCAGUAUCGCCCCGGUCACAACCCCCAAUAUCCAGGUCCACCACCAUCUCGCCCAGGACAACCGGCUUACGAGUCCAUGUACCAACCGGCUGAGGGCCAUCGCCCUGGCUACGCUCUGUAUCCAGAGAGUCAGCACGUAUCUCCCGACAGUGAUGUACAAGUGCAGUGCACCUUGACCUGUAUCAACGGAUACUGCGUCGAAGGCAAUCGAUGCGUGUGCAACCGGGGAUACGUCUUAGAUAGAGAAGAUCCUUCGGGCACCAGAUGCAUUCCCAGCUGCCCCGGUGGAUGUCUCAACGGCGUUUGCUCGGCGCCAAACUUCUGCAUCUGUAACAUUGGCUACUACAAGGACCACAGUGUUAAGGGGCGAUCAGUUUGCAUCAAACGCAUCCGGAGAUCCAUCGAUAUCGACAGGACACCCUUGGAUGUCGCAAAAUUACUCACCUUUGAAUUGCCUCAAUAU